AAUGAUGAUAAAUUUAGUGUAAAUGUCAGCAUUUGAAGCUUGUGGUUCCAGAGUUAAAGGAACAGAAACCUGGUGGGUCAGCUGCUGCUUGACGAGCGAUCAGAUGUUUGAAACGGGCCAGCGGGUCGGUCUGAAGGACGGAGCGGCGCUGAUGGAGCCAGAAGAAGAAAACAUUUACGUCAACCUGGAGGACCUGGACGGAUCCAAACAGCAGCGACCCGAACGCGCCGGAGGUAAACCAGAGGGAACCUCCUCUGAAAGGGGAACCAGAACCAGAACCGGUUCGUGUUUGAAAGUUUUUCUGGGACUGCUGAGUUUCCUCCUGCUGACGUCGGUGGUGGCGGUCGGGUUCCUGUACCAGAGAGAUUUCAGCCAGCUGAGCAGACAGCUGGCCAAUCAGACGGCAGAGAGAGGCCAGCUGCUGCUGAGGCAGCAGAACCUGACCAAUCAGAGGGACUGGCUGGACGCCCGUCUGAAGGCGGCAGAACUUGAUCUGGACCGGAUGAGGAGCGGUUCUGUGUUUUGCCCUGCAGGAUGGAGGCGGUUCGGCUGCAGUUGUUACCUUCUGUCUUCGUCGAUGAACAGCUGGGAAGCCAGCAGAGCUCAGUGUUUACGGACCGGAUCCGAUCUGGUGACCAUCAGCAGCCAGGAGGAAAUGGAGUUCCUGGAUCAGCUCGGAGCCCAGCUGAAGUUUUGGAUCGGGCUGAAGGAAGCGAGCCGAGGUUCUGGAUGGAAGUGGACCGAUGGAAGUUCUCCAGGAGUCACGUUCUGGACGCGGCAGACAUCUUGGACCAGCAGAACCCAGAGCUGUGCAGCUUUUAACAGAGGCGGCCGGUCGUGGAGCGAAGAGUGGUGCUCUCAGCUGCUGCAGUGGGUCUGUGAGAAGAAGGCGUCCACUUCUGGACGUCUGCAGUAGAAAACUUUAAACCUUAUUAGAAACAUGGAGCAAAGAGACUCAUAUCAUGUAUUUCUGACUGAACUGGCUUUGCGCCAGUCUGAGCUGACUCCGAUUGUCUGAUGCUUAACAGCAACAAAGUUUAGAGGAAAUAAUUCAUAGCGUUAGAACACAAAUGAAAUAUGAAAAGUGCUAAAAACUCAAGAUGUGAUGUGCUGACUAUAUUUUUCUUCUACAUUGUCUGUAUUUUUUAUUAUCUUUGUUACUUUGAAGUCAGACUUUCUCUUAAAAUACUUUUUUUUCCCAAUAAAGAAAAGUGACUUUUCUGGUCAGAUUGAUUUUAGUUUA